CCAAGGACCCGUCAAUUGGAUGUCUGUGCUACGCGUCACACCUGUCCGGGACAUGUCGUACGUACAUCGCGACGCCAAUGGCUGCUCAAGCCAAGUGCUACAACACAUCCCUCGACUCCCACCACUUGUUCGACAACGACGCCCAGCUGCUACACCAUGAAAUCAAGAGAUUUCCCCUGCGGAGUGGCUCCCAGUACGAGGAACUAUGGUAUUAGCCUUGACGGAAAGAUAUUACGUGACUCUACGCCACUGGCCUGUGGGACUCAUUCCUUGGUGUAUCGUGGAACGUUGUGUCCAGACGGAAGAGUCGCGGCGGUAAAGAUUGUUUCCCGUUCUGAUGAGAAAGUUAUUAAAGAGAUACUUCUGGAGGCACAUAUCGCGUCGAAGAUGCGGCACCCAAACGUUCUUCCAUUAUUUGGAAUAACGACUGCUUUCGGUCUCACCGUAUCCCUGAUGACUGGAUGGAUGGAAGGAGGUGACGCUCAUCAGUACGUACAGCAACGAGACAGGGACCCCCGUCCUCUUAUCGGGGACAUUGCUCUGGGACUUCAUUACCUACAUACCUAUUCGGAUGGUCCCAUAAUUCACGGUAACUUGAAUGGGCACAAUGUACUGGUUUCCGCCAUUGGUCACGCUACUCUCACAGACUUUGGAUACUGCAUGUUUUCCAAUCCGUCAUUUGCCAUGACCACAGAAUCUCCUUUUGGUGGUACAUUACAAUGGAAAGCUCCAGAGUUGGUCGAUACGGAGUCUGCGGAGAACUGCCGUGCUACGGAGGAGAGUGACGUUUGGGCUUUUGGGAUGACAACACUGGAGCUCUUUACCGCGAAAGUUCCCCACCGCAAUCUGGCAGAGAGGCCCGCUAUUGUGUCCCGGAUUCUCUGCAAGCCGCCCGGCAGGCCAUCUAACAAGGAUACCUGUGCUCGUAUGACGGAUGAAUGGUGGGAAUUAAUCUCGCGGUGCGUGCGGAUGGAGCCAUCCUCGCGCAUCGAAAUGCUGGAUGCUAUCGAGAAGAUCAAGCAGCUCAAGUUUCCACUUAGGCCAACCCAAUAUGAUGAUUCCAAAUUCAACCAGUCAAACUCCAAUGCAUUCUCAGACGUGCCUCACCGACUCGCUCAACGGGCCAGCAGAUAUGUCUUCGACCUUGACGACUGGAUAGAACGAGAACCGUCACCGUGCUGUCAUGGAGGAGGUACUCUAAUAUACCGAGGAAAAUUGCUAUCAGAUGGAAGGACUGUGGCAAUAAAAACACCCCGAGGCAUCGGGAUGGACGAUGAACGUACUAUCAAGCAAAUCCUCAAGGAAGCACACACCUGGUCGAAGCUGGACCAUCCGAAUGUUCUCAGCGUCCUUGGAAUAACCACCAAAUUCGACUCCACUGUAUCAAUAGUGACUCUGUGGAUGGAGGGAGGCAAUGCCAGCGCUUAUGUACAAAAACAAAAAAACGAUCCCCGUCCUCUUAUUAAAGAUAUUGCUCUCGGACUCCGCUACCUACAUAGUCAUCCGGAAGGUCCGAUAAUUCACGCUGACUUGAAAGGGGAAAAUGUGUUGGUCGCCUCAGAUGGUCGGGCUGUCCUUACCGACUUUGGACUUUCCAUCCUUCCCAAUUCCUCAUUCAGCAUACCUAUGACGUCUGCAUGUGGAGGAUCACUACGAUGGAUGGCCCCGGAGGUGGUUAAUAGACUGGUCUCCGAAGACCCCAAGCCCACUGUGGAAGGCGAGAUAUGGGCUUUUGGAAUGACCACGUUGGAACUCUUCACCCGGAAACAUCCCUACUGGACCCUGACCAAUCGCGACUCCAUUCAAUCGCGGGUUAUCAUGGGGCCACCUGAACGACCAUCCAGGGAGGACACUUGUUAUCGUAUGACAAAUGAAUGGUGGGACCUAUGUUCGCGUUGCUUGCGGAUGGACCCGUCUUCGCGCUUCGGAGCGGGGGAUAUUGUAAAAGAAACUAGGGAGGUCAGUACAGUGGUUUUAAAUCGCGCAAAGUUGAAGUCGAUGAUAUCACCCUGCCAGCUUCCGCCAAGUGCGUGUGCGGUAUUUUUUUUAAUUGAGGCCGAAACUAAAAUAGAAGCUCUGGUUUUACUGAAUCAGGGAAUGACAUUGUUAUUGUAAUAAUGGGACCUACCGAAUCGGGGAAAAGUAACUUUAUCAACAAACUUAUGGGCUAUCAAACGAAGCCUGAUGCAGGGAAACCCGUUCCUCGUACGCAAUUCAUUCGGGAGUUUGUACUGGACUUCUGUCGUGACAAACGCUACGUGUUUGUGGAAGCACCAGGGUUCGAUGACACUCGGCACUCGGACCAAGAAGUUCUUCGGACGAUUGCUGACUGGCUACGAGAUAGAUAUUUGAAACAUUUACAGAUAACAGGGGUCAUCUACACACACUGUAUAACCGACAAUCACUCGUCUGACUCAGUACAGGAGAACCUCAC